GUUAGUCCUGCGGUUUUCCCAAGAUUCAUAUCGACGUACAGGACAUAUUCGGUUAGUUCCAGUAGCACUGUGCGUAGUAAUGUAUUCUGUUUAGUUUUUUAUCAACUAGCACGCCCGCAACACAUUACUCUGCAGCAUGGAAAGUGAUACCAAAAUGAUACCACCAAGUAAACCGGUGGUGCCCCUGGGCAGUGAUGACAGUGUUAGUGUACUGUCUAUGAUCUACCGUUUCUUUAAGAAGGUGUCAAUAGUCGGCGCCGUGUACCUGGUGGGCUACAUGCAAUGGAGCGUGGCGUGGCUGAUCGGGCCCGUGGUGCUCUCGGUGCUGCGCGACCAGUGGCGCCGCGACAGCGAGUACCGGCGCUCGCUGGCCAAGGCGGCCGCGGUCUCCAGCGAGAAGGACAUCGUGCUGGCGAGGAUCGACGAUCUGCCUGCAUGGGUGUUCUUUCCGGACGUGGAACGUGCAGAAUGGUUAAAUAGAAUUAUUCUCCAAGUAUGGCCAAACGUAAAUCAUUACGCCCGAAAUCUGUUGAAGGAUACUAUCGAGCCGGCCGUAGCCGAGAGCCUGGCUAACUACAAAAUGACCGGGUUCAAAUUUGAGCGCUCGAUCCUAGGCACUAUUGCACCAAGGGUCGGUGGCGUGAAGGUUUACGACAAGAAUCUCUCGAGGGACGAAAUCAUCAUGGAUAUUGAUCUCUUUUAUGCUGGGGACUGUGAUAUCUCAUUUGUUCUCCAAGGUAUUCGCGGGGGUAUAAAGGAUCUGCAGAUCCACGGCAUGGUCCGCGUAGUGAUGAAACCGCUCAUCACCAAGAUCCCGCUGGUGGGGGGGCUGCAGGUGUUCUUCCUCAACAACCCCUCCAUCGACUUCAACCUGGUGGGCGCGGCCGACGUGCUGGACAUGCCGGGCCUGAGUGACAUACUCCGGCGCUGCAUCGUGGAGCAGAUCGCCAACAUGAUGGUGCUGCCGAACAAGCUGCCCAUCAAGCUGAGCGAUGAGAUCCCCACCGUCGACCUGCGCAUGCCAGACCCGGAGGGAGUGCUGCGUAUACAUCUGGUGCAAGCUCAAAAUCUUAUGAAGAAGGAUAUUUCGAUGUUAGGCAAGGGUAAGUCGGACCCGUACGCGAUCAUCACGGUGGGCGCGCAGAAGUGGAAGACCAAGCACAUCGACAACAACAUCAACCCGCGCUGGGACUACUGGUGUGAGGCUGUAAUAAGUUCAAGGAAGAGCCAGGUGGUGCACUGCGAGCUGUGGGACUGGGACCCGGGGAUGGGCAUUCAGAACGAUGAUUACCUCGGCAGGUGCUCCUUGGAUAUAUCGCAAGUGGUGCGCUCCGGUCGCUUGGAUACGUGGCAAACGCUUCAAGAAGCAAAACACGGGAAAGUGGAAUUGCGACUAUCGUGGCAUCGUCUCACCUCGGAUGUGACUGAACUUUCACGGGCUAUAACCGAGACGCAGCUGAUCAAGUCCGGAGAGCUGAGUUCAGCCGUCCUUUCUGUCUACAUCGACUCCUGUAAAAAGCUACCGGACGCGCGCGUGGGCUCGCGGCCCGACCCCUACCUGACGGUGACGGUGGGCAAGAAGACGGAGAACACGGCCGUGCAGAUGCGCACCGGCGACCCCGUCUACGAGAUCGGCUACUCCUUCCUGGUGCAGAACCCCGAGAUCAACACGCUCGAGAUAAAGGUAUUGGACCAAAAGACGGGCACCGCGCUGGGGCAGCUAUCGUAUGCCAUCGGGCUGCUGCUGAAGCAGAAGGACCUGAGCCUGCUGACGCAGCCGAUCAUGCUGCAGAGGUCCGGCCCGGAGUCGAGGGUGCUACUCUCCAUGCAACUAAAGAUACUGCAAGAGGCGAUCAAAGAGGAAGACAUAGUGGAGGAGCCGGCAGGCCAGCCCGCCGCGCCGCCCGCGCCCGCUCCCGCCCCCGCGGCGCCCGCGCCCGGCGCCACCGCCACCGACGGACCAGCGCCAGCGCCUGCUGCACCAGAAAUUUCGACACCGGAGCUAGUGAAUCUAGAAGAUGGCGCCCCAGAUAGUGGCUCACAAAAAUCUAUUCCAGUCGAGGAGAUGGUCAAGGAAGUCGAUGUACCUCAAGAAUCUCAAGCUCCGACUGGCCGGGGCUCGCCGAAACUCAUUCACAGAACAUCUUCGCUCACCACGUCGGCAGGCGAGGCCGGGCUGGGCCGCAUCCUGAUUUCGCUGCGCUACAGCAUGCCCUCGCAAACGCUCUUCAUCGUCGUGCACAAGAUCAUGAACAUACCCCUGAAGGACCCAACAAAUGUGCCCGACCCGUACGUGAAAUUGUACUUGCUGCCAGGGCGCUCUAAAGAUUCCAAACGGAAAACGGCUGUGGUGAAAGAUAGUUGCAUGCCGGAGUUCGACGAGAAGUUCGAGUGGUCGAUCCCACACGCGGAGCUGCACUCGCGGCAGGUGGAGGUGACCGUCGCCACGCACAAGGGCUUCCUCGGCGGCAGCCCCGUCAUCGGCCAGGUAAUUGUGCACCUCAACCAGUAUGAUUUCUUGGAAGCAAAAACUCUUUGGUUUGACUUGUUGCCAGAGACACCAAGGGAGUAAUUUUGAUUUAAAAGACCGGCCUACAUCUAGCGAGCGAAAAAGGCGCUAAGCCUUCGCGUGCGAU